AUGCAACAUGGACUGUCCUGUUCAGCUACUGUUGUACUGGAAGCGUAUGGUAAGUGGAAACAGCGGAAGAUCGAGAAACCUUCUUCGAGCGAUAAAACAACUAAUAAUUCGACCGAUGAAGAAUAUGAGGAAUCUUUGGACCUCGGCUAUGAUAAAUUGACAUUUGCUACUCUGAGAUGGAGUCUCCAACAGCGCUGA